ACCUGUUUGUGAUGAUCAAUAAAUGUCCUCAUUUCCUCUUUAUCCCCAAUGUUCAUAUGAAGAUUUAAUUGCAGAUAAAUCUAUAGACAUAAACGUGUCACUUUCAGAAUCUUCUAGAAGGUCACUGCGUUAUCUGUAACCGGCCGGCUGGACAACCGCAUACUGAACAUGAUGAACACCCCCCGCUGCGGGCUGAUGGACCCCUUCAACAGGAUCCUGAAAUAUCGUAUACUGGGUCACUGGCGUAAGAAGAGGUUGACCUACCGCAUCUACAACUAUUCACCUCAUCUGGGUUUCACUAAAUCACGAGCGGCGAUUCAAGCCGCCUUCAGAUACUGGAGCGACGUCACGCCUCUUCAAUUACAGGUUGAGGUCAGCAGAGGUCACGCGGACAUUCAGAUCUCCUUCCACAGGAAAGACAAGGGUUGUGCGGCUCCUUUCGAUGGACCAGGAAAACCUGUGGAGAGACCGGCCACUGACCCAAGACCCUUAGAUGGCCACCCUUCUGUCCUGGACCCCUGCACCGCGGUACCGGACGCUGUCAUGUGGGGGCCUCUUCAGAAGACAUUUGUAUUCAACGGUCAUCACGUGUGGACACUCUCAGAUUCCGGUUAUAACGCUCCCGUUAGGAUUAAUGCACUGUGGAAAGAGCUGCCCGGCAACAUUAGUGCAGCUGUACACUCGCAACGAACCAACAAAUCCUAUUUUCUGAAAGGGGAUAAAGUCUGGAGAUAUUCUGGAUUUAAGCUGGACCGUGGUUACCCAAAACAACUCCUCAUUCCGCCCAACAUACAUGCGGCUUUCUACCUCCACAGCUUCAAAAGUCUCGUCUUCAUAAAGGGAUCAGAGUUUUGGCUUUGGGAUGAACUUGGAUCAGGUAAAGAUCUCCUGCGUUACCCAAAACCAGUCUCGCAGCUGAUCACCGGUUUACCCUCAGAUCCAGACGCAGCCUUCACUUGGACAAAUGGACACGUCUAUGUGUUCAAAGGAGAGCAGUACUGGCGCGUGAGUCGUGGGAUGUUUGUUGAGAAGGGUUACCCACGCCGCACCAGAGAGAGAUGGAUGCAGUGUGACGAUUAAACAUGCAGGGGGCAGCACACAAUAAAUAAUGAGACUUUCUAAUUAUAUUCAUGAUUAUAUUCUCAAUAUACUUUAUAUAUAUACUAUACGUUUAACACACUGCUUUUCAACUAACUGUCCACAAGGGAGCAGCAAGAGGACUUCAUUUUUUGUGUUUUUUUUUUAAGUCAUUUAAUGAGGAUUGUUUAUUAAAAUGAAAUGGACACAUUUGUUAUUAGUCUCCUGUACUGACACUCACACUAGUUGAGUUUGGCGAGGGGCCUUUGAAUACUGUCUUGGUCAAUGACGGCCCUUGGAGUCAUAAAGGUUGAGAUCCACUGGACUAACACAUCGUAAAUAAUAAUGAAGAUGUCUUCAGUUUAUUAGUAAUCUCUCUCUUAUUCUCUCACUCAUUUGUAUCCAGAUAAGCUAUAAACAUGUAUCCAUCAGGGGUUCGUGGUGCACCCUCAUUAACUGUGUGCUAAUAAAUUGUUUUGAAACCGAAGA